GUUGGGGCUAAAUGAAAAUCUUCUAAAAGAUUGAAUAAUAACAGAAGCAGAUAGAAUAAAAUCCCAGUUCUCCCAUGGAUGAGAGCUCAUAUAAGUGUUAAUCACAUUCUAUUAGAACAUGUUCCUGAACUUGAUCCCAGUUUUAGGUAAUUGGGUGUUUAUGCAAUUCGGUCGUGAUGAAAUCGAAGACGGAAGCUCUAACAAUUUUUGGAAAUUUUUGUGUAUUGUAGCUCAAUAAUUUUUGGGAAGUUUGGUGUGUUAAAGUAGGAAAAACACGGUUCAAAUUGCGUCAUCCAAGGUGAUCGUCAUUUUUCUGUUGUUUGUGUUCUGCUGCUGCUGACAGUCGAACAUGGGAGAUUAUGACGAUCUGGAUCAGAUAAGAAAUGAAGAAGACGACUAAAACUCACCGUUGAUAUCGAAUUUCUGGAUCGUAAGCGGUCCAUGUUGUUUUUAAGUGUGAGGGUAAUUUGGAUAGUUAACCAACAUUUUUUAUUUUUUUGCCACGUGUGCACAAGUGUUGACUCAACUAACCGGAUGGAAAAACUAACGAUGGGAGGAAACUAAUUGUAAUCUAUUUAGGGAGGAAAUGUUAAUUAACGAUUUUGGGAGGGGAGAAAACGUAAAAUAGCUCAAUCCACGAAUGUAUUUGUUGAGUAAACCCCCGUUGGACUGCCCAUUACAUUAACAAAGGUGAACCUGGAUAUUAACUAGCAUAGACCGCUAGAUACAUUGACCAGUAGAAUCUAGGUCAAAGAAGUUGAAUGAUCCAACGAUGAUGAUUAGGGAGAAACGAAAUUGGAAAAGGUAGGCAAUGCACAAAUUGUUGUUGUUAUUGUGAGGAAGGAUUCCUACAGAGUUUCAGUUUCAUUUUUGGCUGGCAUUUGAUAUACAUGGAAUAACUAAUUUCUUCUUCAUCCCCAUUCAGUAUUGAGAUGUCUAAAACAACUAGAAAAAGAAAUAAAUGGAGAAGAAGAAAUUGAAGAUUCUUCUGUACUAUUUAAAACCUACUUCAUUAGCUAGUAACUACUAGAGAGAAAAAAAUGGCAUUACUAAGAAGGAGAUAUUCGAAUUCAAAACAUUUAAGAUGUUUUAUAGUAGCAAUCUCAGCUUCAAUUCUCAUAUUAAUAGUUCUUAUUUCUGUUCUGGUUUCUACACCUGUGGAGAAUACAAAUCAUCGUCAUGCCAAUCGUAAACAUGACCUUUCUAAUGAUGAGGAGAAUGAGAAUGAGAUCCAAAACAAUGACAAUGUUUUUCAUGUUCCGAUUAUUGGAAGAACUACACGUCAUGGUGAUCUAUGGAGUUCACGCUUGUCAAAAUUAUACUAUGGUUGUAGUGAAGCUAGCAAAAAAUUUACUUCUGCUGAAGAUAAUACAAUAGCAAAUCGAUAUUUAGUGAUCUCAGCUAGCGGAGGGUUAAAUCAGCAACGAACCGGAAUAACAGAUGCAGUUGUUGCGGCUCGCAUUUUGAAUGCUACUCUUGUUGUUCCCAAGCUGGAUGAAAAAUCUUUUUGGAAAGACUCCAGCAAUUUUGGCGAGAUAUUCAAUGUUGAUUGGUUCAUCUCCUUUCUCGCAAAUGAUGUAAAAAUUAUAAAGCAACUUCCUGAAAAGGGAGGGAAAAUUAUGAUUCCACGUAGGAUGCGUGUCCCAAGGAAGUGCACCGCAAAAUGCUAUAGAAACCGUGUGUUACCUGUUCUAUUGAAAAAACACGCUGUGCACUUAACCAAGUUUGAUUACAGGCUUGCAAAUAAGCUGGAUAAAGACUUACAAAAGCUGAGAUGUAGAGUUAACUACCAUGCUCUAAAGUUUACCGAUCCUAUACUCAAAAUGGGUGGAGAAUUGGUCCGAAGGAUGAGGAAUAAAAGCACCCACUUCAUUGCCCUGCACCUAAGGUUUGAACCUGAUAUGCUAGCCUUUUCGGGUUGCUAUUAUGGUGGAGGAGAGAAGGAAAGAAGAGAACUAGGUGCAAUACGCAAGAGAUGGAAAACUUUACAUUCAAACAACCCAGACAAGGAAAGGAGGCAUGGAAGAUGUCCACUUACUCCAGAGGAAGUUGGUCUUAUGCUCCGAGCACUUGGGUUUGGUAGCGACGUGCACAUCUACGUAGCAUCUGGAGAUGUUUAUGGAGGAGAAGAAACAUUGGCACCCUUAAAACGUCUCUUCCCUAAUUUUCAUUCAAAAGACACUAUAGCCAGGAAGGAAGAAUUGGCACCAUUCUCAUCAUUCUCUUCCCGCAUGGCUGCUCUCGACUUCAUUGUUUGUGAUGAAAGUAACGUGUUUGUGACCAAUAACAAUGGUAACAUGGCCAGAAUAUUGGCUGGGCGAAGGAGAUACUUUGGACAUAAGCGUACAAUUCGUCCAAAUGGUAGAAAACUGUAUUCUUUGUUUUUGAACAGUACUCAGAUGAGCUGGGAAACAUUUUCAUCUAAGGUUCAUGCUUAUCAGAGAGGCUUUAUGGGGGAGCCGAAUGAGGUAAGGCCAGGCAGAGGUGAAUUUCAUGAGAACCCCUCAACUUGCAUCUGUGAAAAUUCUGAGGCCAAGUUAAACAAGGAUGCAAGUAAUCAGAGUCAGAGCAGGAUUAAUCAAGGAAAUGAGAGCAAAGAUACCGGUGAAUCAAAUGACGAUCAGUAUAAUGAUGGUGAGCCAUUGUGGCCUGAUACAGACUAUUGGGAUAACCAGAAUGAGCCUCUAGAGAAAGAUGUGGCCAAUAUAAUUAAUUCAGAUUAUGAUGAGUUACAGAAAAAUGAGGAACAACCGGAGUUGGAAGAGCUACUAUCUGACUGAAUAAAAAGCUUCCUUCAGACUACCUUUACUGGUUGAAUCUAACCAGCAAUUGUGCAUUCUUGUGCGGGCAGAUUUGAGAUUCAUCUGUUGUAUAUAUAAGUGUCUUCAGCAAUGUAGCCCUGUGUUAGACUCCCACUCUCAGGUUUCAGUAGAAGUACGAAUGGCAAGAAUCAGGAUAGAAGCUGUUAAUACUGUUGCAUAACUGUUAGUUACAUGAUACCAUCCAACAAGUGCUCACAACAAACAGACCUAUGUGGCUAUGUUAAUUUAUAGGCCUUUUAACUUUUGCCAUAACAUCCAUGUAUUAAUUGUGGAUGGCAUUCCACAUCCAGACUAGAUUACCAGUAAAAUACAUGGCAUUCCAGAAUUAGAUUUUGUGUUUUGUAUUUCAACUCAUCUUCAAACCAUGUGUGGAUCCACUCUUUUUGGCUUGC